AUGCAUUUUUUCUGUUUUUUCUUAGUACUCCUUGCUACAAUAUAUGGAAUACAAGCAGUUGAUUAUAGUGUCACCAACACCGCCCUCUCUACUCCAGGUGGAGUACGUUUCCGCGAUCAAAUAGGAGCACAAUACACGAUACAUAUACUAGACUCCGCCACACAAUUCAUAUGGAAUGUGUUCCAUCAAAACAACCAUGAAAACAGAAAAAACGUGGAGACGGUGAAAUUAUUUGUAGACGACGUGGAUGGAAUUGCAUAUACAUAUCAAAGCAUCCAUGAAAUUCACUUGAGUGCAAGGUGGAUUAAUAACAUUCAGGUGAUGGAAGAAUUUAUAGGAGUGUUAUAUCAUGAAACAACACAUGUUUGGCAGUGGUUUGGGAAUAAUGAAGCUCCAACUGGAUUAACCGAAGGAAUAGCUGAUUAUGUGAGAUUGAAAGCAAACUAUAUACCUGAUCAUUGGGUGAAAGCAGGGGAAGGAGAUAAAUGGGUUCAUGGUUAUGAUGUUACAGCUCGUUUUUUGGAUUAUUGUGAUGGUUUAAGAAAUGGGUUUGUGGCAGAUUUGAAUAAGAAAAUGAGGAAUGGUUAUAGUGAUCAAUACUUUGUUGAGCUGUUGGGAAAGAUGCCUGAUCAGUUGUUUACAGAUUAUAAGGCAAAGUAUGGCAAUAUAGCCUAAUUAAUUAAGGGGAUAAAAAUUCACCAUUAAAAUGAA